UGGGCGGUCCUCUGUCUCUGAGCUCAGCUGACUGAUAACGCUUGAUGUUUGGACUCUCAGAUACAGAGACAGACACAGACCAUUCCAGAGCUCUGGCCGUGUCGGCUGGGGAUUCAGACUGUAAACAAAACCAGAAAAAUAUCACUAAUAGAAGCCCCAGGAUGGCACCUAGUCAGCUUGAUAAAAAGCCAGAGCCAGGAGACCUAAUCGAAAUUUACCGGGGUACAUACCAGCACUGGGCCAUCUACAUUGGAGACGGUUACGUCAUCCACCUCGCACCACCUUCUGAGCAUGCCCAAGCCGGUGCCUACAGCAUGAUGUCGGUGCUGUGUGAUAAGGCAGUGGUGAAGAAAGAGCAGCUGUGGGAUGUGGUGGGUGAUGACAUGUACACCAUCAACAACCUGCUGGACCACAAAUAUGAGCCACGGCCUGUUCAGGACAUCCUUCGGGAUGCACACAGUCUUCUGUAUCGGGAGCUACCUUACUGUGUGUUUAGGGGGAACUGUGAGCAUUUUGCCACCGAGUUGAGAUAUGGGAAGGCAGAGUCUCGGCAGGUGCGGAAAGCUGUAGAGGUCGGAGUCGGUGUGGGUGUUGCCGCUAUGAUUGGCUUUGGAGUUCUCGCAGUAGCAACAUCCAUUUUUGGCUCCGAGAACAAGGAGAAGAAGAGCACACAAUGAACUAUAAGAUUAGAAGCUGAAGACAUGGUCACUGAGGCCUUUUAACUGAAAUAAGCCUCUAUGCAUUAUUUACAUAUCCACUGAAAUGACCUAACAGUAUAUUUCGAUUGGGUUUUAACUAAGCACAAAAGAAAAUACAAUUUUGUAACUUCUAUUAGCGACACUGAAGUAUAUACAGUUGUAUGAGCAGGUCUCAACAGCAAGCUACAGACUUUGAGGUUGCAGAUCUUGAUAGAAUUUAUUGUAAUUACUGGAUUGAAGAAUAACAUUUUUGCCUAAAUAAAGAAUAAGAAUAUUCAGGCAUAUGGUUUAAAUACAGUAGUCCAGGAAUCCAAGGAACACACAGAAGUGCACAAACAAAUGUUAACUGCCCCUUAAGUAUUCACAAUUAGAGUGCAGAUCUGAAAAGAAGACAGUAAUGCACAUAGAGAAGAAAAAGGAAACAAGAGGAAAAAAAAACAUUAAAACCUGCACUGCCAUUUGGCUGUUAACAUUGUCUGACAUCAUCCACAUUUUAUAUGCUAAUAACUCCAAUUACUGUUUUAAUUACACUUUUUUUUUUGUAGAUUUGUAAUAAGAGUAUAUUUAUCUUAUACAUUAUAAUAUAAAGUUUGCAUUGGUUUGUUUGACAUGUGUUUGUGUGGUUUAAUACGUUAAACUGAAUUAUUGUAAAUUAAAUUAAAAUAAAUAAGUUUAAUCAUU